UGACGUUUCGAGUGCGAUUAACCCUCCGGAGAAAGAGCGGUUCGACGCUGAGGAUUAUUCGAGAGAUUCUCCAAACGGAUUUUUUUCCAAUCAACGGAAGGAUACCAUCAUUUUGUACAAAUUUGUCAAGUACGCUUACCGCGAGUGUCGUUCGAAAAGUGACAGUGGUGUAUAUCUGUUCGAGAUAAAUUGUCGUCGCGCCGUGGAUUCUUUAUUCGAUCGAUCGUCGAAAGUGGAAGAUUAAUUGAUUCGAACGCACGAAAGACACGUGGAAAAUCGUCGAGAAUGCAUUAGAAUGCUGGCCUCUUCGAUCUCCGGAACACCGUUCAGCGUCCGCGACAUUCUUAACGAAGAUCAACAGCUAGGAAUCAUGGACUGCUACCCUGCCGCCCAUCAUCAGCACCCGAUUCAACAGCAACACAUGACGCAAGACUAUUACAAUUUCAUCGUACAGGAAAGUCAGUGGGAAUUCGAAAAGUUCAAAGAGCAAUCGAUCCAGUCCUAUCCCCAUUAUUCAGAGCUGAACCAGCCUCAUCAAUUGAAUCAAGUCGCUCCGCAGUAUCAAGAGCCACCGGUUACGGAAGACGGUAACGUGGUUACUUCGAGCAAGACGGAACUGCGAAAAGGUCAAUCGGGAAAGAGGACGAAGCGAAAGCCGAGGGUGUUGUUCUCCCAAACCCAAGUGUACGAACUGGAACAACGAUUCAAGCAGCAACGGUACCUAAGCGCGCCGGAAAGAGAACUGCUGGCGCAAACUCUCAAACUGACCAGCACUCAAGUAAAGAUUUGGUUCCAGAACCGUCGGUACAAGAACAAACGAGCCAGAAUCGAAGGUGCCGAGAAGCUGCAAGUCCAGAACGCGAAAAACCAAUCCCUGAAGAUCUCCGUGCCCGUUCUGAUCAAAGACAGAAAGCUGAACCUGCAGGAAUCGUAUAACCCUCCUUAUUGGCCCAACAUCAGGCCAGAGCUGACGGUGUCGAUGCAAUCCGACUUUCGAACGAACGAGGUUCGACAUCCCCCGGAAUUCCGAUCGAGCACCGGCGACGCGAGGAUGAACUCGACCAUCGUUCCAGAGUACAAGCAAGAGAUCGGCUCGGACGCGAGCGGAAAAUCGAGUUUGAACGGCGAUCUGCAACACAGGCAACACGUGCUCGCCGUGCCCGAGUACAGGAACGCUCUGUCAGAGGAUCUUCGCGCUGGCGUUCUCGAAUGCCAAAGACAAAUCAAAACGGAGUACAAAGACGACGAGGUGUCGCCGUAUUCGGAUAUGAAAUGCGUCCCGACGGAUGGCAAACCGAUCGUAGGCGACGGGAGAUCGUCGAUGGCCGUCGCGAGUACCGACUACGGUUUCGCCAACUACUUUGGCCCGGCCAAUUACCAGACGCAGUACGUCAACUACAUGGAACAGGUGCCGAUGGAUCAGAAUCUGCAACGGUUAUGGUAAUGUCUCCCAUCUUCUCGCGCGAUCGGUCAAUUUUUCCUCGAUGCCCGAGAACGUCGAAAAGUGCUUCGCGUAUUAUUUUUAUAACUAGGAAAUUCUAAGUAUCGCGUAAAAUAGAACGAUAGAUUAGUAACGUUACCAAAUAGCUAGCCAAAGAGUUAAUCGUUUAGGGUGCGCGAUUUCGAUAACAUGCCGCGAUUCGGUAGUUUUAAGUUAGAAAUAGAUACUUGCAUGGUAAGGCGACGCGCUAUUGGCAGCUGUAUUUUCCUUCUUUAUGUUUUCCAAAGUAGAGUACGAAGUUUCUAGAAAAGAGAGAAAUUGCUUUUUUUUACGUAUGAAAUCGUGGGUAAUGGAAACAUCGAUUUUUGUUCGUAUCAUUUACAUCGGUAUCUACUCGUGACGUUUGUUCGCCCUCUGACAACGUUGUCGCGAUAAAUGAAAUGUAACGAAAAUUAUAUUUCCUCGAAAAAGUUUAGAAAGCAUCACCGUUGGUUAGGUAAGACGGUCUCUUCUAAAUAGUAACGCGCCACUCGAGAGGCCUGGAGCGGAAAUCGCUUCGAGUGGCUUUUGCGGAAGCAUCUAUGGGUACUUUACGUAUUCCGCGGACCUUUUUUCCUUUUCGUUUCUAACGCGUCGUAAACUGGCUCGAAACGUUAGAAUCAUACGUGUAAACACGUCCGUUCCAGCGUCUCGCAGCGUAAUUAAUGAGUAGAGUUUGCGAUCGGAAGUUUGUAUUUCUCGAUGUUAUGUUACCGAUAGAAAGGAUACGAUCUCAAGCGUACAUCGUGCUAUUCUUGUCGACUUAUGCGCACGACUGGUUGUAUAAUUGGAAUAAAGAAUGACAAUAAAAUA